AUGGCCGCAGCCACCCCUGCCUGGGCAGAUCCGGCGGCCUUCACCAACGCUCUUGCAGCCUCUUGUAGGGCACGAAGGUGGCAGCAUGCUUUUGCAUCCCUCGAGGCGGCCAAGAAACAGGACAAGGCAAAUGUCAUCCACUUCAAUGUGAUCCUGCGGAGUUGCCAGCAGGCGGAAGCUUGGGAAACGAGCCUCGGCGUGCUCGGCAGUUUACCUGGACUGCGAAUGCAUCCAGAUGCCGUGAGCUGGACGGCAGUGAUCACUGGCUUGAAGCCUUUUUGGAGGCUGUCUUCCCAUCUGCUUCACACCGCAGCAAGACGAGGGGCAACUGACAGCAUCACUUUUGGCGCUGCAUCGCUUGCCUUUGAAAGAGACGGUCUUUGGAACCGCUCCCUAGCCCUGCAGACCCACAACCAACAGGAAGGAGGCCUCUGCGAUGCCGUGCUCGUGGGUAGCGCCACCAGCGCCUGUGACAAGGGCUGUGCUUGGGCCGAUUCUCUUGGACUGCUUUCCUGGGCAAGUGCUUCCAGCAUCAGGCUGAGCGACAUCUGCUUCAGCGCUGCAACGAGUUCGAGCUCUCGUUCCUGGCAGUGGGAAGUUGCCUUGAGCCUUCUUCAAAGCUCCGCUGAAACGGGUUUCCAGACAUCCCUUUUCAUCCUAAACUCAGCGGAAAGCGCAGUGGCGAAGGCGGGUUCAUGGUGGGGAGCUUUGUCCAUUCUCAGGAUCUUCCCAGCAGGCCGCGUGGAGCCUGACGCUGUGAGCCACAACGCCUGCCUCACGUCGUUGAAGCCCGGAGGACACUGGGAGGAGGCGGCGGCACUGCUCUCUUCCAUGCAGCAAAGCGCAGUGCCAGUGGGAGAUGUGAGCAUCAAUGCCGCCCUGGCCGUCCUUUGGGAAGCAGGUCGCUGGCCUCGCAGUUUGACCCUGCUGCAUCGGCAGGCGUUGCGCUCGAUGGAUGGAAUUCGCUUGCGGGAGACACUGGCACUGUGCGAGCAGGCUGCGUUGUGGGACUUGGCGCUUGACCUGUUGCAGUGGCAGGCCACCACGCUCCUUCAACCGAGCACGGCUGGAAUUUGCAGUGUGGCGCGGGCGUGUGAGCGGGCGCGGCAGUGGCAGCAGAGCCUCGUGGUUGCUGGCCGACAUAGUCCCACAAUGGGAGGUGCAGCAUCUAUGUCGGCAGAGGAACUCCUGCAAAGCGUGUGGAUUGGUGCGCAGCAGCUGCGGUGGGAUGAGAGCUGGGAGACAGUGGCACAGGCGCUCGCUUCAAAUCUCGGGCAGCUUUCGCUGGAAGAUUUGGCCACGGCACUGUGGUCCUUCGGCACUUUGUCUACGGCUCCUGCCAGCUUUUUGGAGGAAGCAGCAAAGGAGGCUGUCCGGAGGCUCGAGCUGGGUGAGGCAACCACGCCGAGAACUCUCGCAGAUCUGGCCUGGGGCUUUGCGACAUUGGGUUUUCCAACGUCUCGGCUCUUCGAUGUCCUGCAGCUGCGGCUCUUCAGGUGGGACCACGAGUGCGAUAUCUCUUGUCGCUCCAACUCCGAGCGGGCCGAGUUUUUGAGCAAAGCCCAGGUCGUGGUUUGGGCAGCAAGCCACAUGGGUGCCUUGCAUGAGACGGUAUGGCUACACCUCCAGGACGUGUUUCGAAGACUUGCCGACCUGCUUGAAGCAGAGCGGGGAACCGUAGCACGCACAGACACCCCGCUAUCUGCGGCAGGUUUCCGAGGCCUCCCUGUGCCGCACGUCGUGCAGAACUUCCACGACAGGUUUGUGUUGUUCAAGCCCGAAGGCUGGCAGGUGGACGAUGGAAGUGAUGAUCCUCCCGCGGCUCAACGAUUUCCUGGAAGGCUGAGUGAUUUUGUUCAAUCACGCCUCUCUGCGGAGGAGUUCCCCAUCCUGCGCGAGGCAGCUUACCAGCGUGGCUUCCUUCACCGCCUGGAUGUCCCCACCUCGGGGCUUGUCCUGGUCGCGAAAACGCUUGGUGCCUACCUGGAUCUUCGUCUUCAGAUGGCAGCUGGCAAACUGGCCAGAGAGUAUGUUGUCGUCUUGCACGGCAGCGGCAGCUUGCCAUGCCAGAGAGAGGUUGCCGUCCGCAUCCACUGGGGCAUGUGCGGCCGCGAUGCCCCGAGCGUGGUGGCACCUUUUGGGAAGCCGGCAGACACCAGGUUCAAGCUCCUGGCCCGCAUGGCUCUGGGUGCCAAACUCUUGAGCCUGGCAGUCGCCCGCAUUGGCACCGGCAGAAGGCACCAGAUUCGCCUUCAUGCAGCACACAUUGGGCACCCGGUGGCAGCCGAUGGCAAAUAUUCCUGUCACUCGACAUGCUCGGAGGACUUGCUGUGGUGUCCAAGCACCUUUCUUCACCGCUAUCGCUUGGCCUUCUGGGCCCCUUCGCAUCGGCAGCCAGAUGCCCCGCUGGAGGCGAACGACUGCCGCCUACCGCUCCCGCCGCCCAUGAGGGACGCGCUGAGGCUGCUGUCGCCUUUGAGUCCUCGUUCGACUCAGGAGCUUUCGAAUUGGAUCUCCGGUGAUCCGUUCGACCUGAAGCCCUUCAACGACUAUUGA